GAGAGAGAGAGAAGAGCAGCAGCAUUUGCUGAAUAGGUUUGUCGAUCUGUGAUCUUCAGAGGGAAGGAGAUGAUGAAGAAGCUGGUGAAGAAGGUCGGAGCGGAGACUCUGACGCCGGAGCUGAAAGAGAAGCUAAAGGCUUGUGUUCCGGAUUCCAAAGUCGUGAUGGGAAGAGCCAAACGCGGUCUCUACGCUGGACGCCAUAUCCAGUACGGUAACCGCGUCAGUGAAGACGGUGGCAACAAGUCAAGAAGAUGUUGGAAACCGAACGUCCAGGAGAAGCGACUGUUCAGCUACAUAUUCGACCGCCACAUUAAAGUCAAAGUCACGACACACGCUCUCCGCUGCAUCGACAAAGCAGGAGGGAUAGACGAGUACUUGCUGAAAACGCCGUACCAGAAGAUGGACACGGAGAUGGGUCUUUUCUGGAAAACCAAAGUGGAGCAAAGAUACGCAGAGCUAGGCCAGAUGGAAGUUGCCUUCUUCAAUCCGGAGGAUGAAGCCAAGUUCGAACAAGGGUUCAAAGACUUGAAUAUAGCUAAGAAGGAUGCUCGUAGGGAGGCUCGUAAGGAAGCUAGAAGAAAGAUGUAUGGAGAUAAAGGUGGAGAAGAGAAGGGUGAGGGAGAAAGUUCUCUUGAAGCUGGAGCGUCAGAAUCACACCAAGAUGAUCAUGGGUGGUUAGAAGCUAAUGCUUAAGAGUUCUGGCGGGCUCCCUUUUCUUAAUGCUGAGUUCUUAAACGUUUUGGAUUUUUGGAAGAUGAGAGAGGUAACUGAUGUUGUAGGUUAUAGGUAAGGAUUUUGGCUUUGAACAAAGGUUUUGUUAUGAGCGGUUUACACCUUCUUUGGAAAUUGGAUCUCUGGAUGCAAUAAUUUUUACUUCAAAAGAAAGACCUUCGAAGAGUCUC